AUGCACGCGCUCACCAGCAGCCGAGGACCCACUGUCAGAGACUUAUUUGCGCCGGGCCGCUGUAAAAAAAACCCUAGCCUCAUCCGCACCGCUUACCAGCCCGCCGCACCCCAUCUCGUCAGCCCUGCCGCCAAAACCGCGCGCCACCCUCCCCCUCGUGCGGUCGCCUCCCCCUCGCGCGAGGCCGCCGCCAGAACCGCGAGCCCCACCCUCCUCGCGCCCCACAACCCCGCGAGGUCGCCUCGCCCUCGCGCGAGGCCGCCGCCGCCAAUCGUGCCCACUCCCCCCCCCCCCCCCCCUCCCGGGCAACCUCCUCGCAGGUUCGGCCGGCCAGCAUCACACGCCCGAAGGCCGCCGCCAGCCGCGCCGCCCGUCCUCGCGCCGGCGCCCGGCAUCAUCGUAGCGCGACGCGCCCGGCACUGCGUGUCCAAGGCCACCGCCAGACGCGCGCCGCCCGUCGUCACGCCCGCAGCCAGCCUCCUCACGCUCGCGGCCGCGGCCGCCACCACGCGCCUGAGGCUGCCGCCAGCCGCGUCCGGUCCACGCCACCACAUCUUCCUCGACGCGCUGCUACACGUCAACGCCGGAGCUGAGCCCGUGGCGCCUUCUGUCGCGACCCUUGGAGCAGCCUGCCGCACCGUGGCCGAUCUGCUUUGUUCAAUCGGACUGAGAACCAAACGAUGGAAGAUGUUGAAGACGGAAGUGUCCUUGCGCUGUCAUCGACUUGGUGCCCACACGAAGUUGCUUUGCGGCCGCUGAUGCCAAGCCAGCUCCACCGCAAGACAAGAGGCACCCACCACACACGGUUUUUUUGGAGGGCGAAAGCAUUGAGCAGCCAGUUCGAGCUUCAGAGUAGGAGCAGACUAUGAUGUGACUGAAUGUUGAUUUUAGAUUGUGGCUCAAUAUGGAGCAAGAUGAUUAAAUGUCUUUGUCAAUGAGGUUGUGAUUAUUGUGUCAAUUUGGGAAUGUGAAUAUUGUAAUUUUCUCAAAUUUUUUAUGUCAACUCAGUAUGGCAAAAGAGAUAGAGACUUCGAUCAGUAUUGAAAAAGAAUGUCAAUUCAGUUUGCCAA